UGAAAAACAUGAACUCGCCGGGGGCAGCGUGUAUAUAAACUGAGUUGGAUGUCAUGGUGUGCAAUCUCCUCUUGGAUGUAGUAGAGACAUUUCAGACAAGAAGUCAUCAGAGUGAUUUCAUGUCCGAUGUUCAAUCAUGGUGUUAAACAACAAUGUUGUGAAGAAACCGACAGUUAAAUCUUCAAAAUGGGCGGGGCAAAUAGAUGCUCUUCUGUGUGUUUUGACAGCCAUAGUCGCCGGCGGUUGCUAUCUUAAUAGCUUGAAUGGAGAUUUUGUGCAUGAUGAUAUCUAUGCAAUUAAAAACAAUCCUGAUGUUAAUGGACAGUCGGAAUGGACGGAAAUAUUUACCAAUGAUUUUUGGGGACGGCCAAUGUUGGACAACUCGAGCCAUAAGUCGUACAGACCACUAACAGUUCUGACAUUCAGAUGGGAUUACAGCCUAAGCAAGGGCACUGCAUCAUGGUUUCACAUCGUCAAUGUCGUCCUUCAUUCCAUUGUCUCCAUGCUUUUCACGUACAUGUGUCGGAACGUGUUCUCUAUCCCAAGAGAGUGCUCGAUCACCGCGGGGCUGUUGUUUGCUGUGCACCCGGUACACUCCGAGGCAGUUGCAGGAAUUGUGGGAAGGGCAGAACUGCUGGCGGCCAUCUUCUUCCUCCUGGCUCUCAUCUGUUAUGUCAAAUCAAUUGAUGUCAAGUAUGCUUAUGAAACCCCUGAUUUCCCAGUUACCAAGCAUCCUGUGCUGUUAGUUGCCAUGGUGAUAUGUACAGUGGCAGCCAUGUUGUUCAAGGAACAUGGUGUGACGGUGAUUGGUGUGUGUGGCAUGCUAGAUGUCGCCAUCUUCUGCAGGAAAGGAAUCAUCAGGGUACUGAGUGAGAGGAGUGAAGCAGCGCUGAUGAGGAUGAGUCCCCUGAUGGUCAGGUGCCUGGUGCUUACGUCCACUUUUCUCUGCCUCCUGAUAUUCCGAAUCUGGAUCAUGGCAGGAGAACUUCCGGAAUUCCUGGAGCAAGACAACCCAGCAUCCUUCUCUGACUCCCUCACCACUCGAGUUCUGACCUACAACUACCUGUUUGCCUUCAACUCCUGGCUUCUGUUGGCACCGGUCACCCUGUGUUAUGACUGGACACUUGGCAGUAUCCCAUUGGUGGAGUCAGUUGCAGACCCUCGUAACUUAGCAACUCUGGUGCUGUUUGCUACAUUCAUCAUGAUUGGCUACAAGUGCUUCCAAGACUUCAAAUCUCAGGAUGACAGUUCUCCCAGUGUGACGCUCCUGGCGUUGGUGCUCCUGGUGAUGCCCUUCCUGCCAGCAUCCAAUCUCUUCUUCCGUGUGGGUUUUGUAGUCGCAGAAAGAAUCCUGUAUCUACCAAGCCUAGGGUUCAGCCUACUGGUGGGGUAUGGGUUGAUGGUGUUGCUGCGACGAUGCCGAGAGAACAGGAAGCACCUGAUGAUGGCCCUGCUUGCAUACCUGGCCAUUCUCGCCACCAAGACAUGGACGCAAAACGCUGUCUGGAUGUCUAGAGAGGCCCUGUUUAGGUCUGGCGUGAAGACACUUCCUGACAACGCCAAGGUGCACUACAACUACGGCAACUACCUCAAAGACAUCGGCAACUCCCAGGAAGCUGUUCUACACUACAAGAAGUCUCUCCAACUCUACCCCCACCAUGCCAGUGUCUACAACAAUUUGGGGACAGUGGUGACCAAUCAGACGGAGGCAGAGAUCCUGUACAAGAUGGCACUCAAACUUUUACCCAAUCACAAGGGAGCUUACAUCAACCUUGGGCAACUUCUGUACAAUGGAGGUCAGAGAGAGGAGGGUGUGCUGAUGGUGCAGAAGUCGCUGGACAUCGACGCUCACAACAUCGAGGCGUUGCUGACGAUGGGCAAGAUGAUGAUGGAUGAACAGAGAUGGACGGAGGCAGAACACUACAUCAAGACGGCCAUUGUGGAGAAGCCAUCAUUCGCCAAGGCCUACAACUACUAUGGAGUGUUUCUACUGAGGAAAGGCCAGGUGAAGGAUGCCGUGUCGUACUACCAGCAGGCCUACAAGCUGGACGAGCUGGACACCAUCGCUAUGUCCAAUGCAGCGGACGGCCUUCGACAACUCGGGAGACUGGACGAAGCAGAGCAGCUCCUGAGGCACUCCAAUUCCAUCAAGCCGGACGUGAAGACCCUGGACCAGUUGGCAAUGCUGUACUUCCGCUCCGGGCAAAUGUCAAAGGCCCAACACGUGUACGAGGAGCUGAUGGCCCAGUCGCCCAACGAUACAGACAUCAUCAUACACUAUGCAAAUGUGCUGAUGCGACAGAAUGAGCUGAACAAGGCAGAACUGUAUGCGAUGCGAGUGCUAUCCCAUCAUCCCUCACACUUGGAGGCACUUCGAGCAGCAGCAAACAUAGCAGGGAUCAAAAGACGAUACAAAGAGGCUGUAUAUUACCUACGUGAGGCGGUGGCCCAAGCUGCUCUUCUCCAGAAGGACAAUGUCUAUCGAGCAAUGUUGAGCUAUGACCUUGGCAACAUGUACAAAGAUCUGAAGGAGAUGGAACUAGCGGCACAGUAUUAUGAGGAAACCCUGCAGCUUGAUGCCUCCAAGUCCAAGGCUCACCUGAAUCUCGGUGCUAUCUAUCACCUGAAGGGCCAGUUUGCCAAUGCCCGCCGCCACUAUGAAGCUGUUCUGAAGCUGGACCCUGACGACCAAUUGGUGAAACAGAAUCUCGCGAAACUCAGGCGACUGGAGAAACAACAAGCUGACGUCAACCACACCAAGCGCUGACAGGAAUGAUGCAGUAGAUGACGACUGAAACAUAUGAAUGUCGGAUGGUCUUCCACAUCAUCUAUAUCGUCUUGAACAUCCUCCACAGCAUCAGUAUAGGCCCAAUAAGGCAGCAGGUGCUUGUUGUGCAGGGAACCAGGUGUUCCUCCACCCCACUGGGGCUGGGGAGACUUUACAUUACAAGGCUCUGGAUUACCUCCCCUUGAAGAUCUGGCGCGCCUGGCAUCAGAGCAGGAGACUGGUCUGGUGUCUCUUUGAAGACCAUAAGGCCUUCAGGAACUGACACUAUUGAGCACCGGGUUACUUUAUAUUUUAACAAUACAAUUCAAACACUGUGCAUCGACUCCAGCAUCUUAUAUAAUGUAGAGAAGAACGUUGAGCCGUGAUCCAGUUCUUCCGGUGACCACCAUCUGCCACAUGCUAACCUCUCCAUCUGCACCGUGUACAUGCCAUGUGCAUAUGCUAAUUAUUGAUGGAAAGUCUUCAUCGAAUGUGACAAUAAUUAUGUGAUUUUCUGUUUAUACAUGUAUAAGCAUGUGCAACAUGAUUUAAGUCGCCUCAAGAGCAGUAUUAUAGUGCUACAAUUGUACAUAAGUGUAUAAAAAUUAAAGGACAAAAUAUGAAUACUUUUGUUUCCCGUAGCCAGCCCAUUUCACCUACAUUCUUGACAGUUUUAUUAACUAGUCAGAAAAAAUUGUCAAAACUUAUAUUGAAGAGACAUUGUAAUAAUAUCUCAAAAUGGCAUGUUACCUAAAACAGAAGGAUUAUUUUGGGGGGGUUCGAAUCCCAGUUCGCCCCGAGUAUGUUUCUAGGUUUGUCAGCACCAUACCCGUGCUCGUGGGUUUCACCGAAGUGGUAAACGUCUGAGAUCUGCAUCACUUCAGGCUUCCUCCCACAUUAAGCUGACACGCCGUGAUAUACCGGUAACUGGAAUUCUGUAAAAGAGGCAUAUAACCCAACCCACUCACUCACUCACUCAUGUACAUAGCAGUCUUGUAGUAGAUAUGUGUAUAAAUAUUGCCAAAGGAUAUUCAGUUCACUAAGAUCCUACUUCAACAGGAAAAUCUCUCCGAUGUCUUCAAUAUUCCAAGUCUUCUCAAUUGUUUAUGUUUGUACUGUUGAUAGUUCAGAAGGAUUUACAUCAUUCACACACAUGCCAACUUACUUUCUGAUUGUGUUAGCCAUAUACUAGUACAAAUUUGCUUGCCAAUUUUUAUGAAAAAACUUAUCUUAUGGAAAGAUAUUACUGAAGUAUAAAUGUUACAUUAAUCUCCUUUGGACUCUCUUGUCAAUGGUUGUUAGAAUGAUAAGAGUAUUAUCACAUACUGCAUAGUGGUGUUAUGGUAUAAGGAAGAGACAGAUAUGUAUGGCUGACUUCCUCACAGUGACCCGGUAAUACUCAACUAGAUAUGAAGUGUUCACUGUGUUCAGUGGAAGCCAAACUAAAAUACCUAUUCUAUCAUCCUUUUGACUUUGUUCCUAUUUAUUUUUUAGACUGUGAUGAAUUUCAUUUUAAGUUUUGAUCAGUUUAGAAAUUAGGAGAUGCCUGUUAUAUCCCACUGCUUUGUAAGGCCACACGUUUUUAAUUUUAUGUUUCACGGAUUUAUUCCAGCUUUUCCACACAAUGUUGGUCGAAAUAAAAAUAAAAAUAAAUUCAUUUAUUUAUUUAUCUGCUGUGGAGUUAAAACUGCAGCUGGCUUCUUGAAUC